AUGGCUUACUUUAAGCUGUUGGCAUUUUUUGUGCUUUUACAAAUUUUGGCGUUUGCUUGGGGAAAGCCUCCCGAUAAAGGAGCUCAGAAAUUUUCGGUUUCCAAAGAUGCGAAAGGCGAAACCAAGUCGAAUUCUGCCAGGCAAGAAAACACGAAAUUGAGAUCUUCUGCAACCGUUAAAGAAGUCAAGCAGAAACCUUCAAAAAGUUUAGUUAACGUUAAAGGAAGCAACGAAGAGCUUGCUAAAGCAACAGGAGAGGAACUGGAAGCUGAAUCUAGCGCAGACGGCGAGAUCCUGGAGAAAAACCACAGCUUUAGACAUCAUAACUAUGAGGAAAUGACAUGGCUGUUGAAGGAAUAUUCCAAGAAGCACAGCAAAAUAGCACGCUUGUACGACAUUGGCAGUUCAGUACAAAACCGUAAACUUUGGGUUAUGGAAAUAUCCAAUAAUCCAGGUGAACACGAGCCAGGUGAACCCGAGUUUAAAUAUGUAGCAAACAUGCAUGGAGAUGAAGCGAUAGGACGAGAGAUGUUAAUUCAUCUAAUAAAGUACCUGUGCAAAAAUUACGGUGUGAACCCAAGGGUUACCAAGAUCGUGGACACGACAAGAAUCCAUAUUAUGCCCAGUAUGAACCCUGAUGGUUAUGAAAUGGCCGCAACUCUGCCUGACCACCAGUGGAAAGCGCGUCCAAAUGCGAACGGUGUCGAUUUGAAUCGAAAUUUUCCCGAUCAGUUUUUCCCCAGCACAAAUGGACCACCUCAACCCGAAACUCGAGCUGUCAUGAAGUGGAUUAAUUCCAUCCCAUUCGUACUGUCGGCCAGUCUGCACAGCGGCGCGCUCGUGGCAAAUUACCCCUACGACGACAAUCCCUCGGGACAGAGUGUAUACAGCGCUACCCCUGAUGAUGACGUAUUUAGACAGCUCGCGCGUUCCUAUUCCGAAGCCCAUCCCACAAUGCAUCUCGCAAACUCCCCAUGGAAAUGCAAACACAUCCCACGCGAGCAUUUUAUCGACGGAAUUACAAAUGGCGCUAAGUGGUUCAGUGUGUCAGGAGGGAUGCAAGAUUACAAUUAUGUACAUUCAAACUGCUUUGAUGUAACGCUUGAGCUCGGCUGCCGGAAGUUUCCAAAUGCGAGUGAAUUACCAGAAUACUGGCGCGAGAACAAAGAGGCACUCCUCAAUUAUAUAGAACAGGUAAACUUGUAAAUUAUCCAGAAGAAGUUUCGUGUCCCCUGUAAGGGAAUCUAAGACAUUCUUGGAUUCUGGAUUCUACGCCUUGGAUUCCAGAUUCCAGGUACAGAAUCCCAGUGAAACUAGGAUUCUGGAUUCCAAUCGUUAAUGGGAAUCCAGAUUCCUUGAGCUGUAUUCCGGAUUCCACAGACAAAAAUUUCCUGGAUUCCAGAAUCCAGAUUCCCUUACAUGGGGCGACAUUUCAUUUAAGUUUUGUUACUGAAAUCUUUGUCUGCCAAAUAUCUGUAACUCAAUUUUCAGCUGAAAGAGUAAACAACCAAGCGUAGGAUAGUCGAAGAUUGUUCUGACAGUAUCCCCGUAUUUAAUAGAAUUCCAUUGUACUGUCGUAAUCCAAUUCAACCUUUUGCCUUUAGGUUCACAUAGGUGUGCACGGCUUUGUGAAGGAUGAGGACGGCCAACCAAUCAAUGGAGCAAGAAUAUCAGUAAAUAAUCGCCGCCAUGAUGUUUUCUCUGCACGCGAUGGAGACUUCUGGCGGUUACUAGUCCCAGGCUCCUAUGAAAUUACAGUUUCCGGACGGGGAUUCGAGCAAGAAACAAAGUCAUGUACAGUUCUGGUAAAUAAAGCAGCCCAUCUAGACUUCACUCUUAAGAAAAUAAGAAUGAGGGAAUCCAAGCACACGAUGGAUGAUUAUAACUGGCCUCGGGAGAGAAUUCUAAAUGAUGAUGGGUACAGAAGUGAGCAAGUAAGACAAGCAUGGGAAAACAGGGGCUACAAUGAUGAAAAAAUGAACAAUGAUUAUAAUGAUGCAGCUAUGCGAAGAGAAUAUAACAUUCGUGAAAACAGGGGAGGCUCCUAUGACGAGUAUGGACAGAAAAGCAACAGCUUUCCUCACCCGAAAUGA